AUGACGGACAGUCUGAACUCCCGCGGUCUGUUUUUAACAGUUGUGGAAGUCAUAUCGGUCGUAAUCUUAAACGUUUUAUCCUUUACAGGUAACACCUUUGUUUGCAUCUCAGUGUAUAGAAACAGACGACUACGCACAACAACAAACAUUUAUAUUAUCGCUUUGGCUGUGAGUGACUUGCUUUCAGCCAUCUUUGUUAUGCCUUAUGCUAUUGGCGUGCUGAUUACCAGCAAAUGGAUUUUCGGUGAGGAAAUUUGCCAACUUCAUGCAUUUUUCAGUUUAUUUGUCAUCUAUGUUUCACCCGUAACUAUGGGACUAACUGCAGCUAACCGUUAUGUGAGAAUGUGCAAGUCGGACGGGCUUUACAGAAAAAUGUUCUCUACCCGAAAGUCGUGCGCUUUACUCGGGGUUGUGUGGACGUUAGUGGCUUGUUACACUGUGGUGCCACGUCUGGCUGGGCUUCAAGCAUUCGAGUUCGUUCCCGGUUAUGCACAGUGCUCCAUUGCACAUCUCAGUGAGAGUGGAAAAAUGAUUCACUAUGGAAUAGUCCUUACUCUCUUCUUUCUGACGCCGUUAAUGACUACAAUCUUCAGUUACAUAAAGGUCGCAAAAACGAUUCGACAGCACAAGGCAGACGGAUUAGUGGCAAACCAGGCACGUCAGAAUAACACUAGCAUCAGUGCGCGAGAAAUAAAACUGAGUAAAUCUCUCUUCGCCGUCGUGUUUGCGUUCAUGAUAUGUUGGAUCCCAUUUUGGAUAAUCGUGGUUUUGCGUCGUUUCCACCUCGUAGCGACUAUGCCGAGAAACGUAGAACUGUUGUGCAUGAUUCUUCUUUAUUUGUCGAACACGAUCAAUCCAUUUAUUUACGCGGGGAUGAACCCCAUUUUCAGGAAUGAAUUCCCUAAAAUUCUGUUCUGCAGACGAAUGCGUAGGAUCGGUAUCACGAAUGGAGGAGAGGAAGCAAGAACUGAAGAGUUUGAAACGCACAGUACUGUUUUUCAUCGAAACCGAGGACAGAGAUCAGCCACACGUACAGAAAUAAGUACAUAA